AUGCUUGUGUUCGUUGCCGCAGUGCCGGACAACGCAUCAGUGCCAACAGUGCAGGAGCACUCCAUUGUGACGGCGGACCACUCGGCCAAUGCAAGCCGUGGAAGCGAAGACCUCGGACACGAUCUCGCUGUGGAGAAUGAGGGCAAGGCUGUGCAGAGGAUGGGUGGGCCGACCAUUGGCAAUCCGAGUCCAGGGGCAUGCAUCGUGACCCGCACGACGACCUACUCACGUCAGUACGCACUGUGUGGCCACGACAUCCAUGCGGAUACGGUGUCCCGCUGGAAGGAGGCCACUUUCAUGAGAACGUAUGUCAAGUGUCCAGGGGAGGGUGAGACAUUGUACAGAACAGAUUUUGUCCGGUGCAACGGCCGCCGGUUGCUCUCGGAUGUUGAGCAGGAUCGCUCAGACCCCUUCGGGCAGAAGAAGGCCACGCUCUUCGCGGGGACCUUCCGGCCGCAGAGGAGCCGCUCCGCCAAGUGCGUGGCUGAGGCCUCUUUGAGCCGGCCCGCUUCAGGGAAGGUGGAGCUGAAGGAGGAGGCUCUUCGUAGUCGCCCGACCACGGGUCGCCCACCCACCGGGGGAGAGGCAGAGCUGGAUGACCUCUGGGAUUCCCUCUCGAUCUUCUCCUUGAGGGACCACGUGAGCAACCUGCUUCAGCAGCCUUUGCCCACGCGUGGUGAAGGCAUCAAGGAUUAUGCCAGCCAGAGCAGUGUUGGGCCUUUGCCUGUUCUUCUCACGAAGACUGACCAGACUCGGCUGAGCACACAGGGCAGGUCCUGCUGUCCAUAA